AUUUCACAACCUCUUCAACCGCUUCGAGCACAACGGCUAUCGCAACGUGCAGUUCAUUCUGGGUGCAGCGCCCAGUCGCCAUCCAGACGAAACCGAAUUCACAGAAUUUGAAGAUUUUCUGGACAACGUGACGAGCGUCGCCGCCGGUUACAACAUUUCCGUAUAUCCGAACCCGAGUUUUCAAGUCUACGUUGUGGACCGUUGCUCGCGGAUAUCCUACAUCAUCGAACCGCCCUGGAGUCUGAUCCAGUACUCGUACGUGAAAGCGGCCGUACUGUCCACGAUGUACGAUCGACCUUGCGGCGAGUGUGAUGUGGAUAAUUUUCUUAACGCGUCGCUACCGGAGAAGAAACUCGAUCAAUUCAUCAUGCUGCCGGCAUUGAACGUGACCGAGACUGCGAGUGGUUCCUCCAAGGCACCAGCCAUUUUGAACAUAACGGAAAUGGUAUCGGGUACGAAGGGAACGACCACUUUGGCACCUACGACACCGAUGGCUUCGGAUGUUUCCCCGUAUGAUGAAUCCACCGAAAGCGAGGAAGUGUCCGUAGAGGAGUACUCUGAAGUGGUGACGACAACCGACGAGCCUACCGUAGUGCAACAGUCAUCGAACAUAACCGAGGUCAAUGCAACGGACAGCGAAGAAGACUACCCGUUUGCGAAUUUUAACCCAUCCGGUCCGGAAUUGGUUCUUCCGUUAAAGAUCAUCAUUCCUGCGAUCCACAUCCACUACGAUCAACCCAAGGAGAACAACUCGUACGAAAAAUAUUCGUACGUAGUGUUCCAAAGCGAUAAUCCUUCCGUGCAUCAGCACGGAGUUGGGAAUGAUUCCCCCGUGGAACAGUCUUCGCUUCGGGAAGUCUCCCUAACAAACGAAACCACAGCAAAUAGCACCCUGCGGGUGAUUGGUGUCGAUUGGCCACUGGCACAACUCUACGAAAUACUCAACACAACAACUGUAUUCUACGACGAACGAACUACGCAGGUGUACCAAAAGCUGGCCCGGUACAAUGCCUCCGGGUUCGAUGAACUGGAAGAGAUCUCGGUCAGCAGCCAAUAUGCCGCUUGGAAGCGUCGCCAAGCCGAUCUGGCAGAGCAAGCCAAGACCGAAAAGCGCCAUUUCAUUCGCAAACACUACGAACGGCUGAUACAGUGGCUCAGCUGGCAGUUUGACAAGUCCUGAUGAUGGUCCGGCCGACCGGGAGUUCGGUGAAAUUCAAACAACUACAUCCUAGUGCUAUAUAGAUAUAUUUACUAUUAUAUUACAAACUAUAGAUACGUAGAACAAUAAAUGACAAAUCCUGUGUUAAUCGAA